ACCACUACCAAUACCAAUACCACUACCAAUACCAAUACCACUACCAAUACCAAUACCACUACCAAUACCAAUACCACUACCAAUACCAAUACCACUACCAAUACCAAUACCACUAUUACAAGUGCCGCAACCACCAUGCCUAACCAACAACCAACCCCUACGCCCUCCCUCCUCCUCACCAAACGCCUAACUGCCUUUCUAAGCGCCAACCUCGGUCCCCAAGUCCACACGGCCGUCCUCACGACCCUCUCCGGGAAGCUCCUCGCGCACGCAUCGCCCCACCCCGUCGGCACCCUGCGCACCCAAUGCACCGUCGCCGCAUCUAUAUGGGCCUUGUACUCUUCGCCCGACACCGUCGUCGAGGCCUUACCCCAGUCCCAGCCCCAGCCCCCGUCUCCACACCCUCCCAGCGUCGUGACCAUACAACUUACCGCCGGCGUCAUGGUCAUCCGCAAAUUGCGCUGCGGCCUGCUGUUCGUGUGUAUCGGGCCGAGCACCUCUGCCGCGGCCGCGGGUAGUGCUGGCGCUGGCGAGGGCGAUUACGUGACGCAUACGCCUGCGCGAACUGUUCCCCAGCAACAACAACAACAUAGCCAACACCAACAGCUACAUCAGCACCAAAGUCAACAACAGUUAAACACAAACAACAACACCGAGCCCCAUCCCCAAACGCCCCUGGGUUCCCCGUCCGAAGUCGAAAGCGUGGUGAGCGCCGGAGCGGCGACGACGGCGAGCGUCGCCACGACGACGACCAGCGUGGCGGCCGCCGCGGUGGUGGCCACGAGAAGGCAGGCGGAGGAGCUGGCGCGGUGGCUGGAUGAUAAGUUGAGUUCGCUGGGGACGCUUGAGGAGGGGUUGGGGGUUGAGACGAGAUAGGAGAGUAUGGCAGAGCAGGGUGCGGUUAGUUGAUUAUUGGUUACUUACCUUAUGUUGCGAAAUUCUGGUUCGGGCCCUUGAAAUUAGGUGCCCGUUUCGAAUCAGAUCGGAUCGGAUUGGAGCGGAUUAUAGGGUCUUCAUGUUGGGGACCAUAGGUCUGCUGUGAAGGCUUGACGUACUCCCGUGAUAAGGAGGUCGCGUCUUGACUCGAGGGGAAUUAAGGGGUUAUUGGAUUCGUCAGAGGGACGACUUACCAGAGUUAUUAUUGAUGUGGGUUGAUGAGGUAAUGGCAUGGGGUUCAGAGGCGGAUGAAGGAAAGCUUGCGUCGAUAGUCGUCUCUAUGCGUGGAGUCGCGGAGGCUCUCUUAAUUAGGUAAGAUACGCCGCGAUUUAAGAAAGUAAGGCUAUGAAAGGGGGGUAUAGCACGGAUAGGCAGUUAGAGGAAGAGGGCUGGUUUAUGGUAAUUAAAAUAGUCAAGUCCUGGGCAGCUCAGAGCAGGAUAGGAGGGGGGGCUCUGUUUGAGGAUGCUGAUUUCCCGGGAUUCAGUUAUUAGACGUGAUUUCUCAGGAAUAAAAGAAGAUACCAACGCUGUAAAUAUAAUAAGUUAAUAGAGUCGUCCAAGGUUCUCUUGAAAGGAUAUCUACCUGGGUACUCUUGAUCAAGUAGAGCAAACCGGUCUAUUUGUUGUUGUGAUAUUAGAUGGUGAAGCAUCACGU